AUGGGUCGAUGCCGGGGGCGGAAUGGCACCAUAGCGACGAGCUCGUCGCCCGCUCGCGGCCGCUUUCCCCUUUUUCUAAAGGGGGGGGCGAGGGAAAGGCGGUUCGUGAGGAUGGAUGGGCGGAUGGACUCGGCAUCGUGCCGCCUGGUCAGCAAGGCACGCGACGAGGAGGAGCCGAAGCGGGAUGAGGCGGCCGCUGAUGGCGCCCAAAAUUCAUCAGCCUUUGGGAGGAGGCCGCCGGAUGCCGCUGGCAACUAGCAUGUCUUUUGGCUGGCCGGGGAUUUGGGGGUCG